AUGGAUAAAUGUGUCCCUGAACGCAGCAACGAUCUGUUGAUCUCUGCCACAUCCCUGUUAUUUGUGUUAUUAAUUAGGUUUACGGGGCAUUGCACUGGGCUAAAGUUCAGCUUCGACAAGCGGUAUGGAAAGCUCACUGAUGAGCUACUGAGUCACGCAGAGUCUGAUACAUCUGGUCUGCCAGCAAGCAUCCCUGACGAUGUCUUAAGGAAGACAAUACCAGGAUUCACAGGUAGUGAAGGUAGACCCAAACCACUACUGAUGGCAAACUCAGAGGUGUUUCUCUACAAGCCCUUGAAGCCUUUCAUCCCGCCAGGAAAUCCAUACUAGAUGGAGGACGAUAACCCCAACAAGCACUUCAUCUCAGGGUACACAGGACACGUGCUGUUGUACCAAUCCUUGUUUGGCAAAGGAUUUCCCGCCUCCACCAACCAGGCACUAAUCGAGUUUGGGAGGCAGCAGAGGUGCCUGAAGUCAACACAGACAGAAACACGAUAACUUUCAUACUAUUAGUCCCACAAAGGCGUGGUGCCGGGAUUCGUGGGGCGUACACCAGGUCUGUGUCUGCUCGGGAAAGCCAGACAUGAGCAAAGUCCAUGAGAUUCGGAGGAGGAAAAAUAAAACGGACGGCAGCUAAAAGUGUUCUAGGUCUUUUAUUU